CCGGCGCACUUGAGAUUGAUGAGCCGCACGCAAAGGCGGCCCCUGUGAGGUAGGCCAGGUUGGUUGACCCCUGCGGGGGAGGGGUCCCGGAGGAGGUCCUUCCUGGCUACGGCCCCCAAGCGGCGCCCGCUCCGCCUUGCGAAAUCCCCGCGGGAGCCGAGUGCGGCGCUUGCCCAAUGCGCGGAGGCGGCGGCUGGCUUUCGGGGGGGGGGGGCGGGGGGGAGACGGGAGGCCCGGUCGUUCGGGGCCCGCGCCUGUGCUCCGGCUGGUGGCGGCAGGCAGAGGCGACCCCGCUUCCUGCUGUCUGCUGCCCGGGAGGGCGGCGGCGGCGGCCGUAGCCACGCGGGGCCUCCCUGUGCCUGGCAUCCGCGGGGGGUGGGGGUGGCGCUCUGCUCCGCUCCCCCCAGAACGAGCCCGGCAACUGCAGAGCUUGCGCAGGGCCCCGCCGACCCUCCGGCGUCUCACUGCGCGGAAAGGGUCCUCGGGUGCUGACCCUGGUUGUUGCGGGAGUGAGCCCCACGGGCACGGGAGAAUAUGCCUCCAGGCCCACCCGAAGCCGCCCGUUCCCCGAUCAGCGCCCCCCCCCCCCCCCGUCCGUACGGGACCUGGAACUGGCCGUGGUUCCCCGGGAUCUGGGGCUGACCUCCCACCACCUGCUCUCUGCUGCGUUCGAGUGGAGGCACCUGGGAUUGAACCCGAGACCUCCCCCCCCCCCAAAAAAAAACACACGCACCCGUGAACUGUCUUGUGGCACCUGUGAAGGAGGAGCGCAUUGUCAGUUGCACCUGGCAGCCGCUCUCCAGGGUCCACAGCAGAGGAGAUUGAACCCAGGGCCUUCUGUAUGCCAGGCGGAGGCUCUGCCUCUGAGCCACGGCCCCCACCUGGAUGGUUUCUGUUUUCUAUAAGAAAAACUGCCAGCAUCCCCCACCCUUGACAUGGAGGUGCCCAUGGCCGUAUUCUUGUUGCCUGAUUGACUUACGUAGGCCACCAUGCAAAAUUAAAACCUAGGCACCAGCUGCACUGCAACCUGCGUUAAACAGAAGAAAGUGUUUCUUAGGAUUGCCUUAAGUGAAGCUUCCAGGAUGGGUUUGAUAUUAAGUCAAGUACUGAAAUGUAUUUAGAGUAUUUUUCUUUCUAUUGGGGGGACCUAAAGUGGUUGAUCUCAUUUUCCUGUCCUUAUUUUAUUUAUUUAUUUAUUUAUUUAUUUAUUUAUUUAUUUAUUUAUUUAUUUAUUUAUUUAUUUAUUUAUUUAUAUAUUCGGUUUGUAGACUGCCCUCCCCCUUAUCCUCAUAACAACCCUGUAAGGUAGGUCAGGCUCUGUGUGGGACUGCCCCAACCAAGGUCACCCAGCAGGCUUCUGUGGCAGAGUGGGAAUUUGAACGUGGGUCUUCCAGAUCCUAGGUUGAAACUGUGUCUUCUCUGCCACAAUAGUGAAUUCUAUAACAACAUUAAAUGCAACACAGCACUAAAGUUCUUACGUUCAGAUUUUAUCCCCAGUGCUCCCGAAAUGCAGAAACCCCCCAGACUUUCUCCUGCUGUGCAUUUUGCUCCCGGGGCCUUCUUGGCUCUCUCGGUCUCCUUCCCCAGAUGGUUGGCACUCUGUCGAGGCCCCCUGACUCUUGGAUGCCCCAUCAGUUGCUUCAAGGGACUGUGACGUGGGAUCCUUUUGGAGGUGCAGCCCCUGCCUGGCAAACUGAAGCACAGCAUGAAGUAGACGAUCCUGGCAUUAGGAAGGGGGUUGGGGGGUUGGACCCAUUCUCCCCCUGCUCCUGCAAAAUCGUGGGUGAAAUGACCGUUGUUCAUUUGCAAAAAUGGCCCCAUUGUUUGCUGCUUGGGUCAGAAGGAUGCCUGCUCCUGCCGCUGGCUCACCAGAACAGUCCUUUCUGUGUGGGUGGGACCUGGGCAGCCUCCUUGCUGGCAGCGUCCACAGCUGUCCUCCUUCCAGGCCUCCGCCCAUCCAGCCCCCUCCUUCUCCUUAUCUCUGGCCCCACAUUGGGGCUCGUUUUGUGAAGAGAAGCUCCCUUGAUCCCACACCCGCACAGUGGCUGGCAGAGACCUCGUGGGUGCUGGAGAUGGCGGACGUGCUGCUGGGGCCUAGUCAGGAAGAAAAUGGCACGAAAAACCACACGAUCCGUGUCGGAACCAGGAAGAGCCAGCUGGCUCGGAUCCAGACGGACAGCGUGGUGCAGAUGCUCCAGGACCACCACCCCCACCUCUGCUUUGAGAUUGUUGCCAUGUCAACCACUGGAGACAAGAUCCUGGAUACGGCUCUCUCCAAGAUUGGAGAGAAAAGCCUCUUCACCAAGGAGCUGGAAAAUGCACUAGAGAGAAAUGAGGUGGACUUGGUGGUCCACUCGCUGAAGGACCUGCCCACAUCCCUGCCCCUGGGCUUCACUAUUGGUGCCGUCUGCAAGAGAGAGAACCCUCACGAUGCCGUCGUCUUCCACCCUAAGCACUGUGGGGAAACUCUCAGCAGCCUCCCUGGCAAGAGUGUGGUUGGCACCAGCUCCCUCCGUCGAGCAGCUCAGCUGAAGAGGAAGUUUCCUCAACUGGAGUUCAGGGAUAUUAGAGGGAAUUUGAACACACGCUUGAAGAAGCUGGAUGAGAAGGAAGAUUUCAGUGCCAUUAUCCUGGCUGCUGCUGGCCUGAAGCGGAUGGGUUGGGACAGCCGUAUGGGCCAGAUCUUGAGCCCUGCAGACUGCUUGUAUGCUGUUGGGCAGGGUGCCUUGGCAGUGGAGGUGAGAGCCAAAGACCACGAGAUCCUGGAGCUGGUGUCCGUCUUGCAUGAUCGGGAGACUGUGCUGUGUUGCAUUGCGGAGAGGGCCUUCAUGAAGCGUUUGGAGGGCGGCUGCAGCGUCCCAGUGGCAGUGAGCACCACGGUGAAGGAUUUGCAGCUUUAUUUGACUGGGGCCGUCUACAGCCUGGAUGGAGCAGAGAGCCUCCAGCAGACCAUGCAAGCCACUGUGGAUUUCCCACUAGAGGACACAGACGGGCCAAACGAUGACACGCAGCACGUGGGCAUCACCGCCAGGACGGUCCCUGGCCGGGCUCAGCAGGCAGCCGAGAAGCUGGGGGUGGAUCUGGCAGAGCUGCUGCUCAGCCAAGGAGCCGGGCUGAUCCUCGCGGUGGCCAGGCAGCUCAACGAGACCGGAGAGCCAGUCGGACUCCCACGCGGGGGCAACGGAAGGGCAGCCUCGCCACCGCCUUGCCCUCACCAGCCCUGAAUGUCUGCCCCAGCUGGGGUGGGGACUGAUCACUCUCGGUGCCUUAUUGGGGGGGGGGGGGGGGGGGGGGGGGCUGUUUCUGUGGCGGGAAAGGACUCCUUGAAGCGAUUA